GACCGUGUGUGACCGGGCAGGCACAGGUGAGCCCUCACUUCCUCCGAGCCUGGCACCCCCAGCCUGCUGCAGCUAGGAUGCCAACCCGGCGCUGGGCCCCAGGGACUCAAUGUAUGACCAAGUGUGAGAACUCACGCCCCAAACCUGGCGAGUUGGCCUUUCGUAAGGGCGACAUGGUGACCAUCUUAGAGGCCUGCGAGAGCAAAAGCUGGUACCGUGCCAAGCACCACAGCAGCGGGCAGGAGGGACUGCUGGCAGCCGGGGCGCUACGGGAGCGUGAGGCUCUGUCUGCAGACCCCAAGCUCAGUCUCAUGCCAUGGUUUCAUGGUAAGAUCUCAGGCCAGGAGGCAGUUCAGCAGCUGCAGCCCCCAGAGGACGGGCUGUUCCUGGUGCGGGAGUCCGCGAGACACCCAGGUGACUAUGUCCUGUGUGUGAGUUUUGGCCGGGACGUCAUCCACUACCGUGUCCUGCAUCGAAAUGGCCAGCUCACCAUCGACGAGGCUGUGUGUUUCUGCAAUUUAAUGGACAUGGUGGAGCACUAUAGCAACGACAAGGGAGCCAUCUGCACCAAGCUGGUGAAACCCAAGAGAAAACAGGGUGCCAAGUCGGCCGAGGAGGAGCUGGCCAAGGCCGGCUGGUUACUGGAUCUACAGCACUUGACCCUGGGGGCACAGAUUGGUGAGGGAGAGUUUGGAGCCGUCCUGCAGGGUGAGUACCUGGGGCAAAAAGUCGCUGUUAAGAACAUCAAGUGUGAUGUGACAGCGCAGGCCUUCCUGGAUGAGACAGCCGUGAUGACGAAACUGCAGCACCGGAACCUGGUUAGGCUGCUGGGUGUCAUCCUGCACCAUGGCCUGUACAUUGUCAUGGAGCACGUGAGCAAGGGCAACCUGGUGAACUUCCUGCGCACGCGGGGCCGCGCUCUUGUGAGCACUGCUCAGCUCCUGCAGUUUUCUGUGCACGUGGCUGAGGGCAUGGAGUACCUAGAGAGCAAAAAGCUGGUCCACCGGGACCUGGCCGCCCGCAACAUCCUAGUAUCCGAGGAUUUGGUGGCCAAGGUCAGUGACUUUGGCCUGGCCAAGGCUGAGAGGAAGGGGCUGGACUCUAGCCGGCUUCCAGUCAAGUGGACAGCACCUGAGGCUCUCAAGAAUGGGAAGUUUUCUAGCAAAUCUGACGUCUGGAGUUUUGGGGUGUUGCUGUGGGAAGUUUUCUCAUAUGGAAGAGCACCGUACCCCAAGAUGUCGCUCAAGGAGGUGUCAGAGGCCGUGGAGAAGGGGUACCGCAUGGAGCCCCCUGAGGGCUGCCCAGGCCCUGUGCACACCCUCAUGGGCAGCUGCUGGGAGGCUGAACCUGCACGCCGUCCACCCUUCCGAAAAAUAGCUGAGAAACUGGGCAGAGAGCUGCGCAGCACAGGCAGUUCUGGCCCCGUCGGGGGACACGAGGCUGAUGGCUCAGCUCCACUCCGGAGCCAGGACCCCUGACCUCUGGGGCCUGGACCAGGACAGAGAUGCAGGGAUGCGGGAUGAGGAGGACCCACACAGGAUGAGUCUGUGUGCAGGAUCUGUGCAUCCCUGGGUCCCCCACAACCAGGACACAGUGACCCCCAUAAAGACCUAUUGGAAGGACUUUGUAUGUCUGUACCUGUGACGCCCAUGUGUCCUCUACCCACCUGUCUUGGCAUAGUACUCUGGGCAAUGGCUCUCAGAGAAGUGGGGCUGCUCCUGAACCCCCACUUUGCAGGCUGUGUCCCUCCUACUCACUGUGCCAUCCCUGUGAUGCUGGAAGCCCACAUGAUGACAAGUGAGACCUGCAACUGUCAGCCCAGAGUCCCCAGUGUCCUCUGCCUCUGUGGGCCCAGCCUGCACCUGUCCCUGCCCUGUGGUGUCUGCCUCCCUAACACUGCAGGGAACAGCCAGGCUGGGGACCCACUUACUUCCCAUCAGCCUCCAGGGCCAGUGUCCUCUCCCAAUACCUCUUGUAAUCCCUAGUAGACCGUGCCCUGCCUGCCUGUCCCAGCACUCAGAGG